AUGGCGCAAGUAAUAACCAACUCUGGCCACGAUGACAUGAUUCAUGAUGCUGUCCUCGACUACUAUGGCCGACGGCUUGCAACAUGUUCCUCGGACAAGACGAUCAAGAUAUUCGAGAUCGAAGGCGAAUCUCAACGGCUGACGGAGACAUUAAAAGGUCACGAAGGCGCAGUAUGGUGUGUUUCGUGGGCGCACCCUAAAUACGGCAAUAUUCUUGCCUCGGCAGGCUACGACGGCAAGGUCUUUAUCUGGCGCGAACAAUCAAACCAAUGGCAAAGAAUCUUCGACUUUGCUCUCCACAAGGCCUCGGUGAACAUGGUCGCAUGGUCACCGCACGAAUCGGGUUGUCUUCUAGCGUGCGCGUCAUCUGACGGAAACGUGUCCGUGCUCGAGUUUAAGGACAACAACUUCUCCCACGUCUCGUUCCCGGCACACGGUCUUGGUGUCAACUCAGUUUCCUGGGCACCUGCCACAACGCCUGGUAGCAUUGUCUCUUCUGCACCCCCAGGGCCGGGCGCUCUUGGUCAGCGCCGUUUCGUUACGGGAGGUUGUGACAACGUGCUUAAGCUGUGGGCUUACGACCCUGCCACGCAAGGAUAUAAGCAGGAGCGGGAGCCAUUGGCAGGGCACACGGAUUGGGUACGAGAUGUGGCAUGGAGCCCGACAGUACUACAGAAGAGCUAUAUUGCAUCGGCAUCGCAAGAUAAGACAGUACGAAUCUGGACAAGCGAUAAUGCUAGUCAGGGCCAGUGGUCGUCUAAGGUCUUGAACUUUGACGCAGAGGUGUGGCGCGUUAGCUGGAGCCUUAGCGGGAACGUAUUGGCCGUUAGCGGCGGCGACAAUAAGGUUUCGUUAUGGAAGGAGAACUUGCGAGGCGAAUGGGAAUGCGUCAAGACGAUGGAGGAAUGA